UCUCAACAUCCAAUUCCCCGACUGCCUUGAUGCAAAAAUCCUUUCCUGAGGAACGAGAUAUUCUUCUCUGAAGAUAUGGUCGAGGCAGUAGAGGGACAAUUCCAGAUCUUGCACAGCCCCAAGGACGAGUGAUACUUAUCAACUGUUGCUAAGGGCGGCCUUACUCUUCUCCCCUGCUAAGUACCACCAAUGGAUUUCUCUUUGCUGGAAAAUAGUCUUUCCAACACCGUACUUGUGCUACCAGAUGGUACACCUGCCUACCACAUCGAUACGCCCUUCAAAUGGUUCGGAGCCACGACAACAAUCAAGAAAAUCAUUGGCUCUACCUCGAGCGACAUGGCCGUCAUACAAAUCAAUGGAUGGGACGCGAGCGUCGUACAAGUCUGGGGUCGCGAUGUAUGUCCUCAACGGACAGGGAUAUUCUCAACAUCCGAAAGUUGGGUCGGCGCAGACAACCAGCCGUACAAAUGGAAACUGGACAUGGGGGAACUAUAUCUCGUCAAAAACGACGGAUCCCAUGCACUCAUUGCGAACUUUGAUAAUGGAUCAAUUGGGAUAUUUUCCAAACCGAGACCACCAAAGUUAACUAUCACUCCGGAGGGUCUUGCGAUAGCGGAUGAGAUUGUGGCGACCUUCAUUUAUAUGGGCCAGAAACGCGAGAGACGGAGGAGACAUAACAACAUGUAGUUAUGUGGUCUGUGUACGGCCUUUCUGUUGUGCUUCUGCCUAUAAGCUGUUUCUCUGUGCCAUUCAUUUGCAUGUUUCGGUUGCAGGUGUUAUGUAUAUAUCAUUCCAAUCAAGCCUCUGCUUCUACCAUCAAAGUACCUUUCGGACUAUACGUGACCGAAUGGAUGUCACCG